UUGUGUGCAUAAUAUUUCAAGACGUAUCCUUUUGGGAACAAUACAUAUGGUUCACAAGACCAAGCAUACUAUGGUAAUAAUUCUGAUUUUCAAUCUCACUCUUACAAUAACUUCCAACCAUAUGUGGGAUAUAAUCAAAACCAAUCUUUUUGCUAUGAUGACUAUUCUACAAGACCUUGUGAUUAUUCUCACACAUCGCAACAACCUUUUGGUGGUUAUGUAAGUGGGAAAUCACAAGGAUGGGGGGAUAGUUAUACUUCUCAUACGUUCCAAUCUAGUUUCUUGCAGAUGCCUAUUGAAUUCAUGGAUUUGCGACGUACAUGGAACCAGAUUAACUCAACUCUCAACGUACCGAGUUUCGUACCAAGUGAAACCUAUGAUAGUGUAUGUAGACCUGUUCCGAAUCGUAUUUAUGAUCAUUCACCCAUUCAAACGGAAGAUACAUGGUCUAGAUAACCUAUUGUGAGUAUUAUCGGAAAACGUGUUAACAUAAAGAAACUCUUUAGAAAAUAUGUGCAGUUGGGAGAAGAGGGAGAAACGGAAGAGACUCUUCAAGCAAUUUCUAGGGCCAUACAUAUGGAGGUUAACCGCCAUGUUGAUAAUGGAGAAGAGCCCCAAGAAGAAGAUUCCGAGGAUGAUGAAUCUUUGGAAAAUAUUGAUAAUGGGUGCUACUAGCUCAACUCAUGAUUUUAAUGAUCAUUCUCCUAUUCAAAAGGAAGAAGUUGAGUCUAGAAACACUACAAUUAUUGAUGGUAAGACUUAUGUUGUGUAUGAGAGCGAUGAUGAUUAUGACUUCUUUGUACACCCUACCCCAAAUUCAGAGACAAUCGAUACUUUGAAUGAGAAGUCAACUUGUGAAGAACGUAAGGAUUACGAUAAUUUGCUUAUGGAAGAUUCUGAUUUCUUUUCCGAUGAGGAGGACUUGGUUAUAGAAGAAACCAAUGAAUGUCUUAACAAGAGUUCGAGUGAGAAUGAUGAUACUUGUGAUGUGAGAAUGGAAGUGUCCAGCAGUACCGAGGAUCCGGUAAUACAAGAAUUUUUGCAAGAUUGUUUUGUGGAUGGAUCCUCAAAUUUUCAGAUUGUUGAUAUAUGGGGAGUCUAUUUUGAAUGUUACUCGUCUGCGUCAAUCAGGUGAACAAUUCCAAUUCUUACUUCCUUGUCUUUUUCAAGUAUUCCUCUUAUUCUUUUUGCAAUGAUUUGAAACAUUGAGGAAAACGUUUGAUCUAAGUGUGGGGGUAGGGUUCCAUAAGACAAAAAUUGACGUAUACAAAACUUUAACUUUUAGAGAUUUUUGAACAACUUAGAAUGAACACUAGCCUUUCUAAAUAGAUGGCAUUUUUUCUCCACAAUGAGGUAUAUUUUAUCUCAGUCGGGAUUAGAUGCCAA